AUGGAAAAUAAAAAUUUGCAAAAGUGGGUGUCUGAAUUAUUAGAAGAUUCUGAAGAGGAAAUGUCAUUGGAUGAUGACUUAACAGGAUAUUCAAGCUCUAACGACACCGGCGAUGUAAGGGAUGAUAAUGUAUUUGCGGCUGUUAUGUCUGAAAGACGUUUCCAGCUAAUUCUAAGAUGCUUUAGUUACCACGAGUCAUAUGAGCAAGUUAAAUGGACGGGAAAGCUGGAAAAAGUAAUACCGCUUUUGAAUUUAGUUUUAAGAAGUUUUAGAAAUAACUACAGACCUAAUAACGAAUUGUCCUUAGAUGAGUCUCUAAUGCUUUUUAAAGGAAGACUAUCGUUUAAGCAAUACAAUAAAGGGACACGUGCUAAGUACGGCAUAAAGUUUUAUGAACUUACAUCAAAUGAUGGCUACAUUUUAAAUGCUGAAAUUUAUGCAGGAAAAGUUAUAGAAGAUACGAUAGGAUCGAAAACAAAAACUGUAGUCUUGAAACUUAUGGAUCCAUUUCUUAACCGUGGCCACCAUUUAUUUAUGGAUAACUACUACAACAGCGUUAAAAUGUCUCAAACGCUACUUCAUUACAAAACCCACACCACGGGUACCUUACGUUUUAAUCGCAAGACAAAUCCUAAAUGUAUAACCACUAAAAAACUAAAGAAGGGAGAAAUGAUUUGGAGAAGAACUGGAAAUGUUUACGUUACAAAAUGGAAGGACAAACGCGAUGUUUUAUCCAUAACUACGGCACAUCACCCAUGUCUUAUCGAAGUAUCCAAUAGAAGAGGCCAAAAGCAGAUGAAACCAAUAGACGUUGUUGCUUAUAAUGAAAAUAUGGGAGGAAUUGAUCGAUCCGACCAACUAUUAUCAUAUUAUUCUAGUCCAAGAAAAACUAUUAGAUGGCAAGUUGUAAUAAUGGCCCUAAGAGUGCUAUUUUCGGCUGUGCCAAAUCCUUCACCAAAGUAUACAUUUAGAUAA